AUGCUGCAGCAAGAAACUUUAUCUCGUGUACAGAGGCAACUAGAUGGAUUAAGUUCUGCUGAUUCGUCUCCUCUUUCUUCCCCUAAUGAUUUCUUUAAGGAUGAACCACAAGAACCUCUUCCUGCUGCUGCUGCUGCAGCAGCUGCUGCAGCAACAGCAACAGCAACAGCAGCAGAUGGUGCAGCAGAAUCUGCAACAGAUGCAGAUGCUGCAGCAGAUGACGAUGUAACAAUAACCUCGCCACCACCAGGAGCAGCAGCAACAGCAGCAGCAGCAGCAGCAGAAGCAGCAGCAGAUCCAGAGGGUGAGGAAGACUUUGAUAUCCAUAUGCUAUUAAAGGAAGGAAGACGUAAACGUCGUGCUGCUGCUGCUGCUGCAGCAGCAGCAGCAGGAGGAGGACAAGAGCAGCAGCAGCAGGAGCAGCAGCAGCAGCAGCAGCAAAAGAAGCAGCAAGUUAUUCUCCCCUCUGUAGAUGAGGCAUUAAGAGAAGGAGAAGAAAAAGCAAGAAGGAAGCAGCAGCAGCAGCAGCAAGAAGCAGCAGCAAGAGCAGCAAGAGAAGCAGCAGAAGAUCUGCAGCAUGUUGCUGCUGCUCGUCCUGCUAAUGCUGUUGUUAACAAACAAGAAAAACAACAACAAG